CCUCUUGCAAGUUGCAAGCAGCAAAACGGUGUGUGCUUUUCACCAGUCUCCUUCAUGCUUUGUCCAACCCCUGCAAUCCGAUAUACCUACUAGUAGAACCCAAAAGUAUUUUAGAGAGCAAUUCGCUCGAGUCCUAAUAGUAGUAAAUUAAAAGCAUUGCCCCCGUUUGCAAGCGGUUGAUCGUUGUGGGGUACGUGUGGUUGAGCUGUGCUGCAGUUUGUUGCAAGCCCCUUCUUGUUGCUCGUAGAGCUUUGGCGAUUACUGGAGUUGUCAAUCCCUAUAAAAUGACGCCGGUCGCAGCCUUUCAGGCUGCAAAGAUGCGGGCCCUCCAGUCUCCCCUUGCGGCCGCAAAUAGUGCACGUGCUUCUACAAGCGGUACACAGCAACAUGAUGUGAAUCAUGGUCAGGUAUUCAGCAGUUGGCCAAGCAUCAGGUGUUCAGGAUACGACCAGCAGACCUUUUUGAAACAAGUUCAGAAUCUGACCUCAAAAUUCUCAAGUAGUCACACUGAUGUAAGCUGCAAUAGUAUGGGACGAGGCUGUUUCUACGGAAGUGGUUUUGAUUUUGAUCCAAGGGGUAGCUCGCCAGCUAGGACUUUGCAACCGACUCAACGGCAAGCCCGUAGGAUUACUGCUUCAGCCUCAGUGCUUGAUGAGGCGCCUCUGAACCUGAAUCAAAGCAGUGGUGCUCGCACAGAACAGCAGCCACGGAUAUUCAAGGGAUUGAAAGCAGCGGAGUUCCAGCAUCCAUUGGAUAGACAGAACACGGCGAUCCUCCGCGCUUUUCCUGGGAUACAGGAGAUUGCAAAGAUGCUCUUUAGUCCUGUGGCGGAGCAAGUGCUACUCCUCGAAAAUAUCGCCACGUCGGUGCGGGUUGGGGAGCACCAGUUAACCCGGGUCUACAAACUCCUAACUGAGGCCGCUGACAUUCUCGACAUGGACGCACCCGACCUUUACAUUCGCCAAAACCCGACCCCGAACGCAUACACGCUCGCGAUCGCGGGCCGGAAACCGUUUAUCGUCGUUCACACGAGUUUGGUCGAGUUGCUGACGCCAGCGGAGUUGCAAGCGGUGCUGGCGCACGAGAUGGGCCACUUGAAAUGCGACCACGGGGUCUGGCUGACGUUUGCAAACGUCCUCGCGAUGUCAGCGGGGUCGCUCCCAGGUUUGGGCCGAUUCAUUGCGGCUAACCUAGAGGACAAGCUCAUGCGCUGGCUGCGCGCUGCGGAGCUCACGUGCGACCGGGCGGCGCUUCUCGUGGCACAGGAUCCGAAGGUGGUUGUUUCGGUGCUUAUGAAGCUGGCGGGGGGGUGCCCGUCGCUUGCGGACGACUUGAACGUCGACUCAUUUCUCAACCAAGCCCGCUCGUACGACGAGGCGAGCAACAGCCCGUUUGGGUGGUACCUGAGGAACGCCCAAACCCGACAGCUGUCCCACCCCCUGCCAGUGUUGAGAGCCCGGGAAAUCGACGAGUGGUCCCGGGGGAAGCAGUAUCAGUUGCUGAUGGGCGCCGUCUCGACCGCAGCUGCCAGCGUCGGGGGAUCCCCCGGAAGGACGACGCCAGUGCUGCGAUAGAGGGGCGAAGCGAAACAGACGCAUUGCAUCCGAGGGGGCCACGUGGCAUCCGGAGAAGGUUCCACCUACGAUACUCCGCAACGAACACUGUCACGAAACUGUUAGCUGUCACACUGAUCAUCUGGGUUUGUAAGUGUCCAAAUGUACCAGUCCGAAUUGGAUAGGAGAAGACGCGUUCGAGGGCCGUCUGACCAACGGGCUGCGAAUUUUCAAAAGCGUUCCAUAAAGAUUGGAUUUGGACAGAAUAGAUUCUUGAUUGAGUUGCUGAUCAUGCACGGGCGGCGGCGGCCUUUUGAUUCCGGUGUUUCAGUGGGUUGGUUAGCCGCCUUCGACUGGACAUAUUGGAGUUGCGUAAGUGUGUAACGUGCAUUUGCAAAGUGACCUGCAAGAGGUUAAAGUUUGCUGUUCAGGUCGUCGACGUUGCUGCAAGGUGAUAAUUGAAAGGAGAAGGUAAACUGAGUAAGAGCAUUAGUUGGCGAUGCACGCAACCUCAGCCCCAUAUGUUGUCGAUCAGCGGGAUUGAGGCUGCUGGUAACAUUUGUACAUAUUGAACGUUGGAUCAGACGAGGUGGGAACGUAGUGACACUGAAACGGCGCCCGUCAGCGUGCGCCCCACAGUGGGCUUUCAAUGAAGUGACCUUGCCAACGAUUGGCAGGAUUCAGUCAACGGUAAAUUAUGUGAUUUGAGGCCGUGCUUACUUAUGCAACUCACUUUACAUCAC